AUGUUCCUGUUCUUCUGGGGAGAAGAGAAUCUUGUAUCCAUUCCCAUGGCAAAGGAUAAAAUAAAAACCGACGAUGGAAUGGGCGUCACCACUUCUAUAUCUGAGUUUGAUAAUAGAGAUACAAUGGUCGAUCAAGGGGACAAAGAUAGUGAAGAGGGAAAAACAGCGGCCGAUGGUGACUCCGGAGGCCCAAUGUUAGGAGAUGAACCUUCGAAACCAGAGGACCUCCAUAUAGAUCCACCAAAAGUCAAAGAACCAUAUGUCAAACCCCAAGAUAAUAAAGAUACGGCAAAAGAAGCGCCAAAAAGAGACAUACAUAUCGAAUCGAAUGUACCAAAAGGAAGUCAAGAUAUUUGCCCGACAAUGACGAACUUUUUCAAACCCGCCAAGUUAGAGAAUGAGUGCAUUCCCCUAUUUGUUAUUUUGAAAACAGUCUGUAAGAACCCUGGCUCGGAGUGUCAAUUUUGCUCCAAAAGAUCGCGCUGUUUCCAGCAAUACACCCAACAAUGGCUUCCAGAAUUCUGUGUUGGAGGGGUGCACUGGCGAUUUCAUCGUGUUCCUUCUUCUUGUGCGUGUUAUAAGCUGUCGUCUAGUGCAGUGUUACCUCCUAUGGCGACCGUACCUCGUCCAGAUAGCAUUAUCAUGCGUGACCAUGAGUGACCAGCUAUAUAUGCACUGAACGAAACGUUUAAGUAGAUUACUGGGAAUGGUUAAUACAGAGCCUAUGUUCACAAAAAGUCUGAUCCUUAUGAUUUUUGAGCAACCUCCUUCUAACGAACAUAAACAUCACAUUGGAAAUGUGAAACGAAAUAAUUAUAUUUGUAAUAACCAUAACGAAUUGCCAACUCAUAUUUUAUCUAAGGUAGUAGACAAUAUUUGGAAUUCUUAACGAGCAAAGGGCUACCUUAAAAGUGAAGUUGAAAUCGAGAGAAACGUCGAACUGCGGAAUAGUCCUAUAUUUAGAAAUGGAAUAUAUUAAAAGAUGGCAUUUUAAAAGGUUUUCUUUAAAUAAUCCAUUUAUAUCUAUUUAAAUUAUUAUUU